CAAUUUUGACACUGAAAGUUGUACAAUUCAAAAAUCCCUAGGAACAACACUGGAACACGCUGUUUCCCAAAUGUCACGUGAAAAGGUUAAAGUUAUAAAAGUAUGAAAUAUUAAUAUUUACGUUUUGAAAUUUAAUAAAUAGAUAAAGAUAUUAGUGAUAAAACUAAAUGAUAAAUAAUUUAAGUGUAUUGCAUUGAAAUAAUUAGCUUACGUUAGUGGUACAAAGUUGUUUCGUUAUGAGUUAUGAGUGGUACAGUGAACGUAAAAAUUUUAUUUUUUGCAAAAGCAAGAGACAUUUUUGGUAAAAGUGUUGAUUAUUUAGAAGUAGAAACACCUAUUACGCAUAAAAAUCUUUUAGAAAUAAUUGUUAACCAUUAUUCUUUAAAUCAAUUACGAAAUCAAAUUAUUCUAUCAAUUAACCAAGAUUUUUUGGAACCAGGAGAUCAAAUUCUAACUUUGAAACCAGGCGAUGAACUAGCAGUUAUACCUCCUCUAAGCGGUGGAUAAACAAAAUGAAUCAUUUAAAACUAACUCAUGAAAAAUUGUGUGUUGAAGUUAUCACUAAUUCGGUAAGCUCAGAUUCUUGUGGUGCUAUUUCCCUAUUCAUUGGAACGACAAGAGACAAUUUUGAAGGAAAACAAGUAGAUAGAUUAGAGUAUGAAGCAUACGAAUCAAUGGGAAUUAAAUCUAUGGAGAAAAUUUGUAUAGAAAUUAGAGAACAAUGGCCCAGUGUAGUAAAUAUUGCUAUAUUUCAUAGAUUAGGGGUGGUUCCUAUCAAAGAAGCGAGCAUAAUCAUCGCGACUUCUUCACCGCAUCGAUCAGACGCAAUCAAAGCCACAGAAUUUUGUAUUGAUAACAUAAAAAAAUCAGUUCCCAUUUGGAAAAAAGAAUACUACGCAAAUCAAACUGAUCCAGAAUGGAAAGAAAACAAGGAAUUGAAACGAUAUUCCCAUAGAAAAUUCGAUAUUAAACAAUCUGUGGAAGUUUCCAGAGUCCUUCCUCAUUUAAUUCAAAUUAAGGCGACGAAAGAUGAAGUUGAAAAUAGAAUAAACAAAUUUAUGGAGAGGAAACGAAGUGAAAUUAAUAUUAAUAAUAUACAAGAAUUUUGUCGUAGUGAUAGAAAUUCUGAUUUUAUUUGUGCCAGAGUUGAUGCAGAAGUUUUGAAAAGGAAAGAUUCUAAAAGUCAUUUGCAAGUAAAUCGUGUAUUAAAUUCGUAUCACUACAGAGAUCAAACGAGUUCCGACUACUUAACAAAAUUCAUUCCACCUAAUGGAGUCGAAGAAAGAUUACAAAAUAUAGAAGAACAACUGAGUUUAUCUACACCCACAUCUGCGAUUAUUUACGAACGUCUGAAAUGUUUAGAAGAUCGGUUAUUGCGUUUAGAAUCGAUGUCUCCGGAAUACAUACAGUUUUGGGAUAAGGCAAAUAUUUUUAGCGGUACCUCCAUAAGGAAGAAAAUAUAUUCCAUAGAUGAAAUUGAUGAGCUCAUAGCCGAAGCGGAAAAAAACCUUGAUAGUUGAGUUCGGGAAGUAGACUCUUUUUACUCUUCACUCCAUAACUUCAGUUAAUCAUUGAAAUUGUACAACAAUAAUUGAACAAAAAAAAUAUUUCCUGUCCUUUUAAUGUAAGAUUCAAAAAUAAAUAUUUAAAAGUUGCGUUGAUGGUAAUUUUCUUACCUACUUUCUCAGCUAAGUGUAGAAUCUUGAUUUAGUACCAUUUGACUUACAGGUGAUAAAAAUCCCAUUCCCUGGAGCUUUUCCAAUCACGACGGCACUAUAAUUGCGGUUUUUACUGGAUACUUAGUCGCUCUUACUCAAAAAUUCGCAAGAUGUCGAUCUUUUUACUUUUAAAACUGUUACUGUCAAUUUAAAAUAGUACAAUUCAUUAAAUAUGAUGUAUUAACAAUAGAAAUCUUUAAGAUGUCUCGCGGACGGACGGAAACUUGAACGGUUUACAUAAUUCAAAUUUAACAAGAAGUAGCAAUCUAGUCCGACGGAGGACUGCACGAUGACGUCACUGCCGUUUCUCCGCCCACCGUGCAGUCUACCGUCCGACCAGAUUUUACAUAGUCAAUUUUAGUCCAACGGAAGACUACACGAUGACGUCACAAGAAUCCAAUGAAGUUUGAUGUUAUUUAGCUGUCAUUGGAAAUAAUUGUGGUAUCGUAAAAAGAAAACAAACAUAUUUUUUUAAAAAAUUUAGUUUUUUUUUAAUUACAACAGAACCGAUACAUAUUUUUAUCAAAAUAAAUAACUGUGCCAAACAGUGCUUAAAUUUAAAAUUCGUAAGUUAUUAAAUGGCAGUGUGUAUCACUUACUCAAUUCUUGCAUUUUUUGCUUCAUAUAUAAAUCUAGUUGUGAAUAAUCCGUUAAGGUAUUCUGGACGAAAUUGUGUAAUAUACUCGGCCAUUGUUCGUCCAACAAUACGAGUUUGUUUACGGCGUUCGCCGUGUCGUCUAAAAGAUGGGAUAUGUGCUGUUUUGCUUUUUGGCGCAUUAUAUUUUCCUCCUAUAAAUAUUUAUUUAAUAUACAACGAUCUAUUUAAAUUUAUAAAGACAUAAAAUCUCAAAACAU